GGACAAGGAGGGACAACAAAAAUGCAUUUUGGCUCAGAACGACAUGUAGAAGCAAAAACAGUUUUUGAGAAGUUGGAGACAGUUCCUCUUGGUAUUAUUCUAGAGGACCGGGCUCAACUCCAUGUUGUUGGGAUGGGAAUUUACGAGGUGCCCGGUGAUCGUGAUGAACGAUUUCAAGAACAUGCUUUGCUUGCUGUAGCAAAAGGUAGAACCCCAGAUGGAGUUGAUUUCAUUGUGGUCCAGAAUUCUUGGGGUAUGGACUAUGGCAACAAUGGAUAUUGCAGGGUCUCUCUCCCAGAUACUCGUGAUUACGAUAUAUUCUGGCCAAUGUGGUAGUUUUCUCUUUAUCCUCUCUUUAGUGAAAUAUCAAUCCUAAGACAAAGGCUGAAACACUUUAAAACUCUUUGGUGGCUUUCGGUGGUGGAAAUUUUGAUGUAUUUUGCGAUUGUGCGAAGGUGUCAUCAUGUUGUCAAUUAUUUUCCUGGCUUUUUGUUAAGAGGGGCAUUUGAUAUAUGUGAUCCGAAGAAUUAUGUUUCAACUGUUAUGACAUUUAAAUUAGUGCUAGCUCCUUUUUUCACUGACUGUUAUUGAAGAUACCAACUCUUUUAGCUAGCAAUAGACUAACAAACUAAGGCAAAAACGAAGUGGUGAGAAAUAAAAAUCAAAGCUAGAUUUUAUCUCAGAGUGAAAACACAUCCUUGUUGAUCGUUGUUGUGGUUCUGACCCUUGUGGUAGUUUUCUUUUGCCUCUCAAUGAAUAUCAAUCUAAAACAAAUGGGGGAUAAAAACCCAUUGUAAGUAUGCACUUUUGUGGCUUUGGUAGUAGAACAUUUUCACUAACGUUGGUAUUCUUAAAACCGAUUCUUGUUGAAGAAAACAACACGUCUUGUUUAGAAUUCAUAAGAUACUUUCAGAAGUUGGUACGCUCCCUUUUAUAUGAUCAAAAAGGUGAGAAUCAAAAGUAAUCUUUUCCAGAGUAGAACGUUUCAUAGGUCUAGUAUUAAAUCCCCCAUCAGUUACAUAGUUAUUUAGUUCUAGGGAACACAUAGUUAUUGAGUUCUAGGGAACAUGGUCACAAGAGAGAGAUUAUAUAAAGAAAAAAAGCUCAAGUUAAAAUGUUACAACCACUAGGGAUUGUAUCUGACUUCUGAUGAUAUGCCCUUUUGCCAAGUCCAUCUUCUGACUCCAAAAAUCCCGUUCCCAGACCAAAAUAAAACACAAAGAAACAA